CCGAGAGAAAUUGUUAUCCGAUGCGAAACGACCCGAGAAGUAAUGUUGUCACACGGUGAUCCGGGUGCAAUCAGUGAGCUUUUAAAGCCCAUCCUCCAGAAAUUAAAGCAAGGGUCCCUCUUGGUUAACGACCAUGUCACCAUGAGAGCUACAUAUCGGCAACACAUACUAAGUAUCACAAAGAUUACAAGAGGAAGAAACGACUAGGAAGACGCCACAGUUACAAUAUGGAUGGGCGAUUCAUUUGUUGCACCGACGGAAUGCAUGGACUUUCGCUUGGUGGUUCCUCCUUGUGGGGAGGUGCGAACCUAUCGCGCCAAAGGGGUUUGGGCUCCGGUCGCGAACGGCCGGAAAGUACGCAUCACCCUGACCGAUGCAACCCAAUUUAACUCACAGAGAGGUGAUGAGUCCAUGUUCUAUAUUCGACCACAUGAGGGGUUUGGAUUGGAGGUAACGGCAGCGGUGGUGGUGGAAUGGGAAAGGGUUGUAGCAGCGCAGGCCUCGUCCAUGGUGCAGCAGGGCCUGGCUGGACCCAGGAAAUUGGUGUGCUUGCGUGCAUUCCAUGCUGCCCAUGGACGUGCAGUGGCACUGUUACCGCUCCGGGGAGGGGCUUGGGAAUCGGAGGGUCUGGUCGGAGGGGGACAGCAAACGUUGUGGAGGGGCCAGCAUGGCAUCCUACCACUGGCCGGUGGCCCUCGAUGGCAGCCUUGACCGCCUCCCUCGAGUGAAGGCCCAUAGGGUGUUCACUGCGGGUGACCGUGAGUGUUGGCCCUUUCACCCGCUUCGAGCGUCCUUGCACUCUUGCCUAGAUCCAUCAAUUUGAUAGCCGUUCAGCUUUCCCGCAUCGAAUCGAAGCGUCACUCACUCUAGCGGCAACGUUGAAAUCCCACAAAAGAGGGAAGGGCCCGUGUUCUUCUACAAGCUGCUCUAAGAACUCGGGAUUCUGUUUCAUACAUUGAUUUAUCAGUUGCUUUUGCUUGUUCAGCUCCUUUCGUGAUAGUUCUUCGACUGGAAUCCAUUUGAGCUUGUGCAUUGUGAAAGGACGGGUGGAACG